AUGAACCCUGGCGGCCACGUUCCACCCGUUUGGCCCGGAAACACUGCCGUCAGUGCUGGCGAUUCUUGUCGUCCGAAACUUGGCCAAGGCCCCGGAAAAGUCCUGAACGUUCCGGAUGGUCGGUACCAGAAGGCUGCAAAAGCUGAGGCGGCUCGAAUUAGACGUCUUGUCUUACUGAGUAGCAUCGACGGACUCAGGCGGCAACUAAGGAUUCCCAAUGGAAGAUAUCUUGUGCCAAUCGUUCCCAUGACUGAUCGAUUGCCUACAGUGUCCGCCGCUGACGCACUGGAAGAAUUAGAUGGCGGUGUCGCUAGAUAUGUCUCUACAGGUAUUGGACGACUAGAUGGGGCUCUCAUAUCUUCUUCAUCUCUUCAGGCACCAGAUCCGACAAGCGGGGGAGGCCUCCAGAGAGGACAGGUUACGGAGAUUUGGGGACCACCAGGCUCAGGCAAGACUGCCCUAGGCUGCCCCAGCCUGCCUCACCUGAUAGCACUUCUCUGCCGUCCUACGGCGGCGACAGUGCCAGCGAAUUCGGCUGUGGUUGUGAUAGACUCCUUAUCAGCUUUGGUGAAUCACGUUUUUCCUAAAGCGCCCGACGGUAGAAAAGAUCAGUCGCGCGGUAAAGGUCCAGGUCUAUCAGCGAAGCGGCUGCAAGCUUUGCAGUAUAUUACCAGUGCCCUACAGAAACUAGCAGCAACACGCGACUGCGCAGUGGUGGUCCUGUCACAAUGUGCAACCAAGAUGCAGUUGGAACGGAGCGCGACAUUGAUUCCAUCCAUUAAUGCUGGGGUAUGGGAACAGGGCAUGUCGACGCGCGUAGUGCUGUUCAGAGACUGGGUAUGGAAGGAAGAGCGACCGUGGUCUGUAUGCUUCGCCGGUGUGCAGAAGCUAGACGGCAAGGCUGGGCCGGACAUGAUGCAGAGCGCAGCGGCGUUUAGAGUUGAGGCGUACGACACUAGCCAACCAUCGGUGUUCCUUCCAACGGCUCCACGAGCGAAACGCAAGCUGGCAGAGGCUGGCCUCGAGGUGCCCGACAGCGAGGAAGAUGACGAAGAAUACGGAUGGGCACGAGAAGACGAGUCGGCGCUUCCCGGCCCGCCGCCGCAGUGGCAAGGCAGCGAAGACAUCCUUCUGGGGACCCAGGCGGCCGAAAGCGAGGAUGACCGGGGUAGCAACGGAGACGGCCACGGCGAUGGCGGCGACGGUGAUGACGAAGACGACGAGGCAGAAUAUGUGGGUGAGGCAGCGACUAGCGGCCGAGAUGACCAGGUUUUGGCCGAGCAGUAA